AAAACACACCUUCAUAAAACGACAACACUCGCUGGCAGACAGUGAAAAUGUCUUCGCAGAGCGACAGAGAUGGCCGGGGGAUGAGGAGAAGGCCACGGAGGGGAGGAAGAGGGGGUGGACCUGAGAGGCAGCGCAAGGAGGAGUAUGGAAGUGAAACAUCAGAGAAGCCACGCCCCAUAAUAUUGGCCAAACCAGCUACUCAGGAACAGGGUAGCUCUUCAACCACAGCUGGAGGGUCUGCUGGUGGUGGAGGACCAGCCACACCUUCAGCACUCGGAAGUAAAACUCCGGAAAAGAUGGUGAUGUUGAGAAAUCGUGAUGAUGCCCCAUCAGCUACCUCUGGGAACUUGACCAGUAUUCCAGCAUCUUUGACCUCUGGUGAAACCCCACCUCCUCAGCCGACACAUACAGUACAGCGUACCCAACACUUUUCAUCAGAGAAUUCAAGCCAAAACCGCCUGGCCCCGCCCCCAGAGAUGACAAGAUGUACCAAGUUAGUGGAUGAAUCACAGAUGUGGCAAGAAUCAGCAAUGGAGAUGCUGGUGGACCAAACCGAUUUCCUUGUAGUUGGGGUAAUUGGACCUCAGGGCAGUGGGAAGUCUACCGUAAUGUCUCUGCUAGCGGGUAACUCACCUGACGACAACCACAGACAGUUCCUGUUUUCACCCCAGACCCAGGACACUGUUGAGCUUUGUGAACACCAAACCAGUGGUGUGGACAUGUUUGUAUCUGGGGAACGAAUCAUCUUUCUUGAUACACAGCCUGUGAUGAGUGCAUCAGUCUUGGAUCGGUUAAUCCGCCAUGACAAGAAAAUCGGUUCGGAGUACAGUACAGCAGAAAAUUGCAUCGAAAUUCAGUCCCUCCAGCAAGCAGCCUUCUUGAUGAACGUGUGUCACGUCGUACUUGUGGUGGAGGACUGGUUCACAGACACCAGCUUUCUCAGAUUUUUGUUGACUGCAGAGAUGCUGAAACCAUCAUCACCAUCCAGUAACCAUGACAACCCUAGUGGUGACGAUACAUCCGAUUACUUUCCCAACCUAGUGUUUAUACCGAACAAAGCUGCAUGGGAUCACUUUAAUGUGGAAACGUUCAAUUCGAUGCAGCAGACACUAAUAAAGGUUUUCGAAACAUCCAAGCUGAAAUACAGAGGUUCAGUUACAAUGGCUGAUGGGAAAAUGUUGCCUGGUUUGAACCGAAGAUCAGUUAAAACAGAUGUCAACCUUUACCCUUUACCUCGUAUUGAUUCAGACGGUAAAUCCGACCAUGAAGCCAUCUUGACCCUGCUGCCAGAGUAUAGAGGAUAUCCGAGUUUUAUUACAUUGAUCAACGGACUUCGCCAGCAGAUCUACUCCCUCCCACGAGAACAGCUUACCCAUGCAACACUUUCCGAGAAAAAUUGGUUUCAUUAUGCUGCAAGAACAUGGGAUGCUGUUAAGAAAUCUCAAUUGAUGGCAGAGUACAAUCGCCUUCUUCACUGACGAUGAUGGAACAGCAUCCAGAUGUCCAUUAGGAGGGUUGACUGUCUGAAGAAAAGCUUUGUCACUGAAAAAAAAUCUUUUUUCGUCAACCGAUGAAAAGCUUGACCACAGAUGGAAAACUUGACCACUGAUGAAAAGCUUGACCAUCAAUGUGAAUCUAUUACCGGUGCUGUGAGACAAGCCUACUGAAAAGAUGGCUACCAAACAGACUGACCACCCAAAUAGAUUGACCACCCAAACAGACUGACCACCCAAAUAGAUUGACCACCCAAACAGACUGACCACCCAAAUAGAUUGACCACCCAAACAGACUGACCACCUGAUGGCCAACAUCCGGCAUGUCUCCUGGUGCAAGACUUUCAAUGUUGACAUAUAAAAGUAUGGUCUCUAAUAUACAAAUUGACCCUAGACAGGAGUCUGGGAUUCUGGGAUGGACUGCUGCUACGAUGCUUCACAUUUCCUAAAGCAAUGGACCCAAUAUAUUAAGCUUAAGUAACAUAUACAUGUACUGUCCAAAAUCAGAUGUUUACAGCUUGGCCAGGCUACAUUUAACACCAGAUAAACAUCGGACAAAUGUUACAAACAUUACGGCAAUGAUUUAAUGUAAUAUUUGGAAAUUCCAUAUUUAUGUUGUUUUGUCAGUUGUGACUGGUAAUAUUUGUAAAGUUUAUUAUGAGUGCUAAGAGAACUAGUAAAAGCUGGUCUCUAUAGGUUGUGGUUGUUUUAUACAGGUGAAAACUAGCUGGCAAAAUUAGUUAAACCCAGUCAUGAUCUGUCAAUUAAAUCAUCACAAUGAUUGAUUUUUAUUGCUGAAGCAACAUGUGAUAAACUGAUUAUGGAAAAUAAAUGCUCAAUAGAUCU